UUUCUCGUAAUUUAUUUUACUUCCCAUCGGCACGAAACGAGGGAAUUUGCAGCAGAGGAGGGAGGGAAUUUGUUUCUCUCUCGAAUUCGAUGCACUGAUCCCAGUAUAUACGUAUACAUGCGUACGCAUACCUAUCGUGAAUUUCUCUAUUAUCAGGUGGUUUAUGCAUUGGGAGUUAGGGUUUUAGGCUUUACUUUCUUGGAUUGAAUUUUUCAAGUGGGAUAUAUCAGAGGAAGAAGAUGUUCUCUGUUCUUGUUUAACUUUAACAAUCGAGUUUAAAAUUAGUGUUUCUUUCCUUUCAAUUUCAAUCUUAGCUUUCUUCUUCACCGCCUUCCCGGCCCUCCUCCUAUUUCUACCCAUACAAUUGUUUCCUUGUCGCUCUUAAUCCUCUCUUUAAUCCACUGCUGUUGCAAUUGGAGCAAUCAAAUCAUCAGAAAGGAAGGGAUAGAGGGUGCAUUCAAAAUUUUGAGUAUUAUCAGAUGGCGCUGCAAGAAAAAUUAAAUAGAUUCAAGAAGCAACAAGAGAAGUGCCAGUCGACCCUUACCAGCAUUGCAGCCAAAGCAGGGCCUACUAAAUCUGCUUCAGUUCAAAAAUCUGCAUCUGUAGCCGUAUCACCAUUAACAAAUCCUAGGACUCCAGGUCCACCUGUCAAAUUUUCAAAUGACACAGAGAGACUCCAACAUAUCAAUAGUAUUCGGAAAGCCCCUGUUGGAGCUCAGAUCAAGCGCGUUAUAGACCUGCUGCUAGAGACAAGGCAAUCUUUUACACCAGAACAAAUAAAUGAAGCAUGCUAUGUUGAUGUAAACUCCAACAAAGCUGUCUUUGAUAGUUUGAGGAACAACCCAAAAGUGAACUAUGAUGGGCAGCGCUUCUCUUACAAGUCCAAGCAUGAUUUGAAAGACAAGAGUCAGCUGCUUGUCUUGAUACGAAAAUUUCCUGAGGGUGUUGCUGUCAUUGAUCUCAAGGACGCAUAUCCAACUGUGAUGGAGGAUUUGCAGGCUUUGAAAGCUGUUGGCCAGAUAUGGUUGCUAUCAAACUUUGAUUCACAGGAGGAUAUUGCAUACCCAAAUGACCCCAGGGCAGUUAUCAAGGUGGAUGAUGACCUUAAGCAGCUCUUUCGGGGUAUUGAAUUGCCUCGUGAUAUGCUUGACAUUGAGAAGGAUCUACAGAAGAAUGGCAUGAAACCUGCCACAAACACAGCAAAGAGGAGGGCUGCGGCACAGGUGCAAGGCAUUUCCUCCAAGCCAAAGAUCAAGAAGAAGAAGGAUACGAUCAGCAGGAGGACUAAGCUGACAAAUGCACAUCUCCCAGAGCUUUUUAAAAACCUUGGUUCUUAGAACUUUUUGGCUAAAUAGAGUUGUUAAGCUGACCAUAUACAGAUAUUAUUUAUACGGACUUGUUUGCAAACAUAAAAGAAAUGGAAUUUGAUGAGUUCAUUA